AUAACAAAAUACUAAACUACAAAAACAGAAACUUCCACCAAUUCAAUUAUUUCAACAGUAGAAAUCAUCAACCUUUUCCCCUCUACAGUCUACACUCUACACUACACAUACACCCAAAACCAAACCAAAUAAAUCCCCUCCCCACCCUCCAUUCCACAACACACUUCGCACUCCCAACUGAAAAUCCAAUUGACUAACACACACAACAACAACAACAACAACGACAACAGCCAUCAAUUAUGUCACCCACAAAGCUUGCACCUUUGCAGGGCACAAUGCUUCUGCUGCUCUUGAUCCUUCUAACCACCACCAUUACCAUUACCGCUUCCACUCCAUCAUCACCUUCCAACAAGCUCAACCACCCUCAUUUCCAGGAGCUCAACGUCAAACAAACAAUAGCAGAUACCAAACUGAACCCAACCCUAAUCCCAAAAACACACCAAAAACACAAUACAACCAAACAUGAAGGAUCAGCAAAAUGGAAGCUCAACCUACUUCACAGAGACAAAGUCACCACCUUUAACGCCACCCAAGAUCACCGCACUCGUUUCAAUGCACGAAUGCAAAGAGACGCCAAAAGGGUCUCCGCCCUCCUCCGCCGUCUCUCCGCCGAAGCCGGAAAAACCAGCUACUACGAAGCAGAGGAGUUCGGGUCGGACGUAGUUUCGGGUAUGGAGCAAGGCAGCGGCGAAUACUUCGUCAGAAUCGGAGUUGGAAGCCCACCGAGGAACCAAUACGUUGUCAUCGAUUCCGGCAGCGACAUCGUCUGGGUCCAAUGCCAACCCUGCAAUAAAUGUUACCGUCAAUCCGACCCGGUUUUCAACCCGUCAGAGUCUUCUUCUUACUCCGGCGUUUCUUGUGGCUCCAACGUAUGCAGCCGCCUGGAGAAUGCCGGCUGCCACGAGGGGCGGUGCCGGUACGAGGUUUCCUACGGCGACGGGUCCUACACGAAAGGGACACUUGCCCUUGAGACUCUCACGUUCGGGCGAACCGUGAUCCGAAACGUGGCGAUCGGGUGCGGGCACAGCAACCAAGGAAUGUUUGUUGGGGCUGCUGGGCUUUUGGGCCUUGGUGGUGGGCCCAUGUCUUUUGUGGGCCAGCUUGGUGGCCAGACUGGCGGUGCAUUUAGUUAUUGUUUGGUGAGUCGGGGCAUUGGGUCGUCCGGGUCACUUGAAUUCGGGCUUGAAUCCAUGCCCGUGGGUGCUUCAUGGGUCUCCCUGAUCCAUAACCUGCGGGCCCCGAGUUUCUACUAUAUUGGGCUCUCGGGUCUUGGGGUUGGGGGAAUUAAGGUAUCCAUACCCGAAGAUAUUUUCAGGUUAACGGAAACAGGGGAUGGAGGAGUGGUGAUGGACACCGGCACGGCCGUGACUAGGCUGCCGACAGCGGCGUAUAAUGCAUUCCGGGAUGCUUUUAUCGGGCAAACCACAAACUUGCCCCGGGCAUCCGGAGUAUCCAUUUUUGACACGUGCUAUGAUUUAUACGGGUUUAUGUCGGUUCGGGUCCCGACCGUAUCGUUUUACUUCUCGGGUGGGCCAAUUUUGACCCUGAAU